UCAUUCUCACAAACGAGAUUCAUCAAUAGCAUCUUUAUCAAAAUCAACCUUUUUUUGUAGCCAAUUUUUUCUUCUUAUUCUUUUCUCAUCCCUAAAUGGAUCUUACUUGCGGCAGAGUACUAAAUAUAGCUCCUAAAACUUUUGUUACAAACAAGUCCUCGAAAAUUAUGGCUAUGCGUCCUAUGUUUGUUUCACAACUCGGCGGUUCUGGUUCUCAACAAAUGGUGUCGUCUAGCAAUAAUAUGCAAUUACGAAAGCCGAUUUUGCCGAAAGCACUCCCUCAAGCCCAGGAAGGCAAAGAAGCCGAAGCACAACAACUUUCAAUGCCACCGUUGAAAUAUGGCGAAUUUAUCGCAACCCUACCGGUGCGAAAUGACUGGAAAUUCAUGCCUCUUCACCUGUACCAAAAUGCAUGGUACUUCACUCUUUACCUAGAUGCUGUCUUAGAGGCUCAAGAAAAAUUCCAAGCUCAACCGAACGACAUCGUCGUUUGUACUUACCCUAAAACCGGCACUACUUGGAUUAAGGCCUUAGUUUUUGCCCUGACAACACGCUCUCGCUACACCAUUUCUGAUACUCCUUUAUUGACAUCUACACCGCACGAUUUGGUUCCAUUUUUGGAAGUUGAAUCAGCCCAAAGAGAAACCUACACUCGUGACCCGGAAAACCCACUCAUUGCUACUCAUAUUCCUUAUCAUUCCUUGCCAGAAUCUAUAGAGACACUGGGAUGUAAGAUUGUGUAUCUUUGCAGGGAUCCGAAGGAUACGUUAGUGUCGAUGUGGCAUUUCUUUCGGAAAAGAUUACCCGAAGGAAUCGACAAAGAUGCAUUUCUUAGCAUGGAAGAUUCGUUCAAUUCGUUCUGCGAAGGAGCUGCUUUCAAUGGACCGUAUUGGGAUCAUGUUGCUGGAUACUGGAAGGCUAGUCAGGAAAAUCCUGACAAGGUUUUGUUCAUGAAAUAUGAAGAUUUGAAGGAGGACAUUGUUCCCAAUGUUACGAAGCUGGCCGAGUUUCUUGGCUGCCCUUUUACUUCCGAAGAGGAAGAACAAGGCGUAGUUCAACAAAUUAUCGAUUUAUGCAGUUUCGAGAGUUUGAGCAAAUCGAAGGUGACCGAAGAAGGUGCUUAUAGUUCGAAUUCGCCUUAUGCCAUCAAGAACAGUUUGUUUUACCGUAAGGGUGAAAAGGGAGACUGGAAAAACUAUUUUAGUGAAGAAAUGGGUGCUCGUUUGGAUCAAAUUAUUGAAGAGAAAUUGAGCGGGUCUGGGUUCUCAUUUCUUACUCCACAAUAAUUUAUGUUAUUGAGUUUUAACUUUUGAUUUUUAUGUUUAAAUUCUAAGGGAAUAAAUAGAAUUAUGAAUAAGCUAUUGCAUCAGUUUGCAUGGCUUAUUGUGUAAUAUCCAUUAAUAAUUUGGUUGUUUGUUUUUCUUUUUAGGCUUUAUUGUUUGAUAUAUAUAUAUUUGUUGUUAAAAGAAGAUUAUGAAAGUGGAAAAAUAAUCUUGAGUUUAUUUCAUAUUAUAAUAAAUAAAUAUGACUAUUGUUGUUUA